AUGGCCUCGUCUCCCAAGCGCUCGCUCGCCGAAACGGAGGCUUUACUCACCGCGCCAGGAAGCAUCCACGAGACCCAGACCACCCUUGUCGAUGGAAGGCUCUAUCGCGUCUACAAGAACCUCUGGCCCUCUCUGCGCGAUUUUUGGCUGGCAGCGGUCGCACAAUAUUCCCCCGACACCUACAUCGUCUACGAAGACGGCCGCCUGACAUACCUGCAGGUCCACGCGCGCGCAGUCAAGGCAGCUGCGUUGCUCCGCAACACCUACGGCGUCAAGAAAGGUGAUAGAGUAGCGAUCUGUUCGCGUAACUGCCCUGAAUAUCUCAUCGUCUUUUGGGCGUGCCACCUUCUCGGAGCCGUCUCUGUUCUCGCCAACGCGUGGUUGCCUUUAGAUCCUCUGGGCCACUGUUUGGCUCACACAAGGUGCAAGAUUGUUAUCCUCGACCCCGAACGAGCAGAUCGGCUACAGUCAGUCAUUCCGAAACUCUUACAGGAAACGGACACCACGAAUUUUCUUGUAUUUGACUCCCUUGGCCCCCCUCGAAGGUGGAAACAGUUCCACUCUUUCGAGGAAAGCCUACAACGAUACCCCGAUGACGGAAUGGAAGUCUUGAAUUCUGCGAUCUCAAUCCUGCCCGAGGACAACGCGACAAUAAUUUUCACCUCAGGCACUACUGGAUUACCGAAAGGUGUCCUCAGCACUCAACGACAAUUCCUGACUAAUGUCUUAAAUGUUCUGGCUGGCGGGUUUCGUGCAGCAUUACGACGAGGAGAAGACUUCCCGACCAAACAGAGAACCGUUCCUCAGAAAGCUACUCUCGUCUCUGUCCCUCUUUUCCAUGUCACCGGUUCGACGAGCUUUUCAAUGAUGGCCACUGCGACAGGAAUGAAGAUCGUAUUAAUGAGAAAGUGGGACGUUGAAGAAGCCGUGAGGUUGAUCAAAGAGGAAAAUGUAUCGGUAGCAGGAGGUGUCCCGUCGAUGGUCACAGAUCUGACCUUGAGUUCAUUGGUGGGUCAUCCCCUAGAAGGCCUUCUGUUUGGUGGCGCCCCAGCUCCCGAUUCGCUCGUCCGUCGGGCCAGGGAUGCCUUCCCUAGCGCAACCAUGAUACAGGCUUAUGGUUUGACAGAAACCAAUUCAAUAGCCGUUUCCUUUGCGGGAGAAGAUUACAUUGCUCGCCCUACUAGCACCGGCCGGGCAUCUCCUGUGAACGACAUUAAGAUCGUGCAUGACGAUACAUGCCUUCCUCCCGGUGCCGUCGGAGAGGUGUGGUUGCGGGGACCCAACGUUAUGAAGGAAUACUGGGGCGAACCAGAAGCAACCAAUGCAGUGAUCACGAAGGACGGGUGGCUUAGAACGGGUGAUGUGGGCUAUCUGGACCAGGAAGGAUUCUUAUACAUCAAGGACCGACUGAAAGAUAUCAUCAUCCGUGGGGGAGAAAACAUCGACUCGGUCAGUGUGGAAAACGCGCUCUAUGCUGAUCCUCGGGUUUUGGAGGCUGCCGCGGUGGGUGUGCCAGACGAACGCCUUGGGGAGCUAGUAGCAGCCGUAGUUUCUAUCCGACCCGCAGACCAGGGACAGGUCACAGAAGAAAUGUUGAUAGAGCAGACGAGAAGCAGGCUUCCUAGAUUCGCUGUUCCUGUCAUGAUCAUCAUUCUCAAUACCGCCUUCACGCGUACCCCCUCAGGCAAAAUUAUCAAAGGCGAACUGCGCAAAAUUGCUAGAAGCCACUGGGAAUUGCGGCGUCGAGGUGGAAAUGGCAAUGCUGUGCGGCAGCCGCUGGCGAACCUGUAG